CAGGGAUGCUGUCCCCAGGGGCUCCCUCAGCCUCAGGACUUGGGGAGUUAGGGCGUUACUGUGGACUGAGAACAGUUUAUCUAUGUUUCUCCUUCCAUUUCUUUCCCUCCCUCCUUCCCUCCCUUCCUCUGUCCCUUCCUUCUAUUCUUCUCAUGAUACAUUCAUCUUUUGUGGCCCUAGGCUCUGUAUGGAUGUGGUUUGGUUGUGCUACGAAUUCUGGUCUGGUCCUGCAAUUAGGUUGGUUUAUGUCUCUGGUCCUCCCCUUGCCUGUCUAGGUGGUAAGUUGGUGCAGGUUUUCAUGAUGUCAAGUUCCUGUGGUAGGUUGCUGGGCCACAAUGUCAGGAUCAGGUUUGCUGCUUAAAAGCGAUAUGAGCUUGUGACUAUAAGGUAUGAAACCCCUUCAUGAAGUGGGGCAGUGUUGUCUACCUCCUGGGGUUUGUUAAUGCCUAGGUGAGUUAGUUUUUUAGUUUGACACAUGAUAAACCUUAACUUGGAAUCAGCAUUGUCGUGGUAUGUUCGUUAUGAUCAGAAUUGCUAUUAAUUCCAUUUUGGGGCUGGCUUAUACUCAGUAUCCCCCAGGAUGGAGUUGUGGUCUUCAUUCUACAGAACAAGAAUCAGAUUCAGAAUAUUGAAACAAUUCCGUGUCCCAGACAGAAGCCUCCUGCAGUGCUGUCUGCAGCUUCCUCAAGCCCCUCAGGAGGAAGGAGGCAGGGAGAGUAUGACAGAUACCUAGCAUCCAGCAGAAUAAUGGCAGCUGCUUACCUUGACCCAAACUUGAAUCACACACCAAAUUCAAGUACUAAGAUUCACCUGGGAACUGGUACGGAACGUUCCCCUGGUGCCAUGGAGCGAGUGUUAAAAGUCUUUCAUUAUUUUGAAAGCAAUAGUGAGCCAACCACCUGGGCCAGUAUUAUCAGGCAUGGAGAUGCUACUGAUGUCAGGGGCAUCAUACAGAAGAUAGUGGACAGUCACAAAGUGAAGCACGUGGCCUGCUAUGGAUUCCGCCUGAGUCACCUGCGCUCCGAGGAGGCUCACUGGCUGCACGCCGACAUGGGCGUCUCCAGCGUGAGGGAGAAGUAUGAGCUGGCCCACCCGCCGGAGGAGUGGAAAUACGAAUUGAGAAUUCGUUAUUUGCCGAAAGGAUUUCUUAACCAGUUUACUGAAGACAAGCCAACUCUGAAUUUCUUCUAUCAGCAGGUGAAGAGUGACUACAUGGCAGAGGUGGCUGAUCAGGUGGACCAGGAAAUCGCUUUGAAGUUGGGUUGUCUAGAAAUUCGGAGAUCCUACUGGGAGAUGAGGGGCAAUGCGCUGGAAAAGAAGUCCAAUUAUGAAGUGUUAGAAAAAGAUGUUGGUUUAAAGCGAUUUUUCCCUAAGAGUUUACUGGAUUCUGUCAAGGCCAAAACCCUGCGAAAACUGAUCCAGCAGACGUUCCGGCAGUUCGCCAACCUCAACAGGGAAGAAAGUAUUCUCAAAUUCUUCGAGAUCCUGUCUCCGGUGUACAGAUUCGACAAGGAAUGCUUCAAGUGUGCGCUCGGGUCAAGCUGGAUUAUUUCGGUGGAGCUGGCCAUCGGCCCGGAAGAAGGGAUCAGUUACCUGACGGACAAGGGCUGCAGUCCCACACAUCUGGCUGACUUCAAUCAAGUGCAGACCAUUCAGUAUUCAAACAGCGAGGACAAGGACAGGAAAGGAAUGCUUCAACUGAAAAUAGCUGGCGCACCCGAGCCUCUGACAGUGACGGCACCAUCGCUGACCAUCGCCGAGAACAUGGCCGACCUGAUAGAUGGGUACUGCCGGCUGGUGAACGGGGCCACGCAGUCCUUCAUCAUCAGACCCCAGAAAGAAGGCGAACGAGCUCUGCCGUCCAUACCGAAGUUGGCCAACAGCGAGAAGCAAGGCGUGAGGACACACGCGGUGUCCGUGUCAGAAACGGACGAUUAUGCUGAAAUCAUAGAUGAAGACGACACGUACACAAUGCCCUCAAAAAGCUAUGGAAUAGAUAAAGCCAGGGAUUAUGAGAUUCAGAGAGACAGAAUAGAACUUGGGCGAUGCAUUGGAGAAGGCCAGUUUGGAGACGUGCAUCAAGGGAUGUACAUGAGUCCAGAGAAUCCAGCUUUGGCGGUUGCAAUUAAAACAUGUAAAAACUGCUCCUCGGACAGCGUGAGAGAGAAAUUUCUCCAAGAAGCCUUGACCAUGCGUCAGUUUGACCACCCUCAUAUUGUGAAGCUUAUUGGCGUUAUCACGGAGAACCCCGUCUGGAUAAUCAUGGAGCUGUGCACGCUUGGAGAGCUGAGGUCGUUUUUGCAAGUAAGGAAAUACAGUUUGGAUCUAGCAUCCUUGAUCCUGUAUGCUUAUCAGCUUAGCACAGCUCUUGCAUAUCUAGAGAGCAAAAGAUUCGUACACAGGGAUAUAGCAGCUCGGAAUGUUCUUGUGUCCUCAAAUGAUUGUGUGAAAUUAGGAGACUUUGGACUGUCCCGCUAUAUGGAAGAUAGUACUUACUACAAAGCUUCCAAAGGAAAAUUGCCUAUUAAGUGGAUGGCUCCAGAGUCCAUCAAUUUUCGACGUUUUACCUCAGCUAGUGACGUAUGGAUGUUUGGUGUAUGUAUGUGGGAGAUACUGAUGCAUGGUGUGAAGCCUUUUCAAGGAGUGAAGAACAAUGAUGUGAUCGGUCGGAUUGAAAAUGGGGAAAGAUUACCAAUGCCUCCAAAUUGUCCUCCCACCCUCUACAGCCUUAUGACGAAAUGCUGGGCCUAUGACCCCAGCAGGCGGCCCAGGUUUACUGAACUUAAAGCUCAGCUCAGCACAGUACUGGAGGAGGAGAAGGCUCAACAAGAGGAACGCAUGAGGAUGGAGUCCAGAAGACAGGCCACGGUGUCCUGGGACUCCGGAGGGGCAGACGAAGCACCACCCAAGCCCAGCAGACCUGGUUAUCCUAGCCCGAGAUCCAGUGAAGGAUUUUACCCCAGCCCACAGCACAUGGUCCAGACCAAUCAUUACCAGGUCUCGGGCUACCCUGGCUCACAUGGGAUCACAGCCAUGGCCAGCAGCAUCUACCCAGGUCAGGCGUCUCUUUUGGACCAGUCAGAGUGCUGGAAUCAUAGACCUCAGGAGAUAGCCGUGUGGCAGCCCAGCCUGGAGGACUCUGCCCUGGAUCUGCGAGGGAUGGGCCAGGGGCUGCCGAGCCACCUGAUGGAAGAGCGGCUGAUCCGACAGCAGCAGGAAAUGGAAGAAGAUCAGCGCUGGCUGGAAAAGGAAGAGAGAUUUCUGGUACUUGUCUUACAGGAAGCUUGCUUCCGGUUUUUAUGCUGUGUUAGAUCUACUAUGUUCCAAGUGAUUGCAGAAUUUCAUCUUUUCCAAAGCAAUGGUGUGAGUUUUACAUCUGGUUCCCAAAAAGCGCUAUUGUAAAUUGCUUACUUUCCUUGAUUAUUUCUCAGAAGUACAUUUUGGUAGUUUGGGUGUUGGCCUGUGAACUCAGAGUUUGAGCAUCUCUCAGGCUUUUGCAUCAACAUGUGUUGACACAGAAACAUGUGUCUAUCAGGGCAUAGGGCAGUCCUGCUGGGGCCCAGAUU